GAUAUUGAGAUGUUGAGUUCGAGUUUUGAUAUCAGGUGACAUCAAUAAUUAAGGCGGGAGUUUACAUUAACUCAGCAGCCAUGUUGUAUAUAUUUCUUGUCGAUACAGGCACCAUGAUGACCUUCGAUAUGAAUUUAGCUAUGGAAAGUGUAUCCAAGCUACAGACAGUCAUAUGUAAAGCCUGUCACAUAUCUGAAGAUAAGCAGGUCUUACUGAUCAGUGGUGGGGAAAGUUUGGAUCCUCAUGCUCGGGUUGGGCGAUAUAGUGCUGGCACGGAUACUAAUCCUAUUUAUCUGUUCAGUAAAUCAACAAUAGAGGCUGCCACACCCCCUUCUCCUAGUAUACAUUAUGGUUCAGAUGUUGAUCUACAGAGUCAAGUUGAAGGUUCAUUAAUCAUGCCACCAGCAUACGAAACAGUUGUAUCUAGAACACAAUUAGCAGUGCAAUUUCGUGAUGUUGAUGAAGAUGAGUUAAGAGCAUGUAUAAAUUUAGUUCAUGAUCAACAUUUACAACAACAAGGAUGGGCAGCAGUUGUAGCAAAUUUAGAAGAUAUAACUAUAGCUUUACAGCAAAGAUCGAAUAUAUUUCAAGCAGCAUACUCAGAGUACUUAGAAAAACGUGAUCAAUAUGUAGAAACUUUAUCUCAAAUUGGUGAAUCAUUACACCUACAAACAAAAAUACCUCUAUUAAGUUGUUUACCAACAAAUCAGGAUGGUAGUCAACAAAUUGGAGUCCUGGAGACAUCAGGCAAGGCAGUGGGUGAAGAAGUGGAUAGUUUGUUGACUUGUUCAACUUUAUUUCAGUGGAUUAAUUCACAGGAUCCACAUCAUAGUUUACAAGAUAUGGUGGAUAGAUGUAUUAAAGCUGCUGAACAGUUUGAUGAAAGUGUAGCUGACACAUUAAGUAAAGAAGUUAGUGGGGCUACAGAGGCUGUGAGUAAUGCUAGUAUGAAAGAAGUUAAAGGACUGGAAGACAGACUCUAUGGUUUAGAUCAGAUUAUGAGUGGAGCUAGAAAGAUUGUGGAGGAACAGAGCGAUAUGGCUAAGGGUUUUGUUCAGAAUCAGAGUCGAGUAACGAAUCUUCGUGAUAAAUCUAUAUUACCUGAUCUCUGUGCUAGUCACAAAAAACAACUUGUAGCUAUGUUAAAUAAUCAUAAAAAAUUGCGAGAUAUCAAAAAGAAAUGUCGAAUGGCAAAAGAAGAAUUAGCAGUAAAUCUUCAUACAAGAUUACGUUGGGUGAUGUUUGUUGAGAAGAAAAUUUGUGAUGUAGAUGGUAAAUUGACAAUUUAUCAUGAAAGUUUACGACGUCUACAUAAACAAUUAGAUAUCAUGCGGCAAAUCGAAGAGGCACCAAAAGUUUACGCUCAGUUAGUAGUUGAAGUAGUCAGAAGACGAAUGUUUUCACUUCAGUUCAUGGAGUGGGCAAAUAAUUUAGCAGAAGAAACAAAGCAUCUUCAUACGGAGGAGGUAAAAAGACGACAGUCCUUUCAACAAGAAAUAGGAAAACAUUUUCUCCAGUCUUUGUUUCAAGGAUUUGAAGACAUUCCUCCACCCUAUGCUAGUGAAGCACCAAAAGAAUUUGAUCAGAAUUUACCUGUGAUAACAGCCCAGGAUGUAGAAAUGUUACGUGAUGCAGUACCAGAAUUACAAGAUAUAUUUAAAGUUCCCAAUGAUAUACCUGUAAGCCAGAGAAUGUCAUUCCAAACUGUUGGCACUAGUGUUAGUUUCCAUAAGGAAACCGAUCAGUUAUUCCCUGGCUCAACACACACCUCGGAUAUAGAUAUUCUACAUGCUAGUGGAGAACAUCUAUUUGUACAUAUAGAUAGUAGUAAAAUGUCUUUAGGUGAACAAGUGAAAACGUGCGAACCUUCGGAAAUUAUUUUAAGUCCACAAACGGUGUCCACAGUAGAAAAACCAGAUUUCCCCAUUCCGCAAAGUCUUUCAGAAACAUUGACUCAAGAAAUGAGCUCUCAGGUCAAAGGUGAAAGUGUUAAAGGUGAAGUUAUGAUCCCAAGUCCCAAGAAGCAAACAGACAGUGCUGAGUUGAUUGGUUCGUCUGCAUCAGGUGAUUUAGACACUCGACGUUCUAUCGAGAGUGACACACAAAUUAGUGAUAAAAGUGUUGGAAAGUGUGCAGUUAGAAAAGGACACCAUGUGAAAGGUCAUGCACUGUCUGAUACAUCCCCAGAAAUUGAAACUUCGCAGGAAUUCUCAACUGCUGAUUAUUACUUUGAUGAAUCUAUGCCAUCCUCCAUGAUUGAUUCACCACCUAAUAAAUCGGCCACAUCAGAAAAAGCACACUCCUCGUCAGGAUCUGUUAGAAGAGAGAUAAUUAUGGGCUUAGAGAAAGAACUAGGCUUGCGACAACAAAAUAUAACAAAUCUUGAACUGAAAUUAAAGUCGAUGAAUUUAGUGUUUAAAAAAGAUUUGCCUUGUUUAAAAGAAGAUUUUUUGAAAUUGAAAGAUUUGGUAAAAGACGAUCAUAGAACAUUUGGUGAUAGCUUUCUUCAGAUACAAAAACAAAUGUCUGAUGUUCUGCAAAAAUAUUCAAAACAUGUCAACCAAUCGUACCAGGAAUUAACAAACACAAUGAAACAGGAACAUCUAGCAGAAACACAAGAAUUGAAAACGAUAAUUGCGACAGAACAAGAAAUGAUUGAAAAAUUGAAAGAAGACAUGGACGCUAUGAAAAAAGUUAUUGAAGAACAGAAAGUAUCUUUAACUAAUCUGGAGUCUAAGUCAUCUACUGAAUUGAAUGAAAUACGUAGUCAGCAUAAGAAAACACUCGAGGAGUUACAACAAAAACAUUUACUAGAGUUAGAGUUGGAGUUAGAUAAACUGCGUGUGGAUUUGAAUGACGAAUUAGUUCAACAUGACACCAUGGUUCAGAGCCUUCAGGAGAAGUUACAACAGUCAGAAGAAAAAGUAGAAACUUCUGUUCAAGAAAGAGAAAGAACUGUUGAAGAUUUAAACAAAAAAUUUCAAAUUGAAAAAGAAGAAAUAACUAAGAUAUUGGAAGAGAAUUUCACCAAACAAAAAGAAUCGGAAAUAGAAAAAUUAAAGGUUGAAUUAUUAGAUGAACAGAAUAGUAAAAUUAAAAUAUCUAAAGAAGAAACUAGUCAAAUGUUUUUUGAAAAGAUAGAAACUUUAAAAAAAGAAUUUCUUGAAGAAAAGGAAACAGACAUUACAAAUUUAACCAAACAGUUGAAUGAUAAACACAAAGACAAUAUUUUAGAAAUCACCGAGAAAUUAACAAAAGAGAAGGAGGCAGCACUGAACGAAUUAAGAGAAUCUCUUGAAAAGAUACAAUCAGAAAAACUAUUAGUAAUACAGCAAGGAUUUGCAGUGGAAAAAGAAAAAUUAGAAGAAAAGGCAAAACAAGAUGUGAAACAGACACAGGAUCAAGAACAACAAACAGAAGAAUUGAAACAAGACACGUCAGAGGAACUGAGAUUAUUAGAAGAAAAAUUAGAAACUGACUAUAAACAGAAAUUAGAAAAAGCUUUGAAAGACGAGGAGGAUCGCCAUAUAACAGAAAUAUAUAGUCUUCAAAUGCAGUAUGAGAAAGAGCGUGAAGAUUCUCUAAAUAGUUUCAAAAGAAGUAUGGUAGCAGAGAAACAGGUACAGUUUAAUGAUGCCGUAGAAAAAGUGAGUCGAGAAAAAGAUAAAACAAUUGAAGAACUGCGUCAACUUGUAGAAAGAAUGAAGAUUGAAAUAGAAAACCAAAAAUCGAGCUUAGAAAAGAUCGAUCAGAAAGACCAAGAGCAAGAUUUAGAAGAAAUUUGGAACCAAAAAUUACUACUAAAAGAAAAAGAGUUCAGUGCCAUGAAACAUAAUCUAGAAGAUGAAUUAGCCUUGUCCCGACAACAAGUAACACAGUAUCAACAACAAUUAAUGGGGACAUCUGAAAUGUCCUCAACACAUACAGAAGAGGGGGCAACAUGUUCAGAAUCAGUUUAUAAAUUACCAGUAGGUGAUUUAGAAAAGAAUCUAAAAUUAAAAGAUAUGGAAAUAUCAAAGUUACAAGAAAAAAUUAUGGAGAUGUCUAUGACAGCCAGUACUAGAGUUGUAGCACAAGAUAAAGUUUCUAUUACAAGUUGUAAAAUAGGUGAUUUGGUGCUGCUUUGUCUAGAUGAACCACACGAUCAGUAUAUUGUAUUUACAGUACGAACCACCCUACAUUUUCUACAUAGUGACUGUCUAGAAAUUCUUGGACUUAAAACAGCUGCAGGGGAACCAAGGAAAUCUUGGAUUCUAGCCGAGAUUACAGAUAAAGAAUAUUGUCAAGCAAAAAAAUCACAGAAUCGGUUUAAGGUACCUGUAGGGACCAAGUUUUAUAGAGUAAAAGCCAAACCAUGGGUACGGGAUGCUGCUACAGCUAAUCAACCUUCCACCUCUAGUAAAUGAUAUAAUGUGGUUGAAGUAGAGAAUUAAUUAAACCUAUUUAUUUAUUACAAUCAGUUCUUUGACUCAUUAAAGUUUUGUGUAUUGUAUUUUUGAUCAUGUUUAACCUAUGAUUUUCUUUGGAAGUACAGUAUACUUUGACUUCUGUUCAUACCUUUGACAUUUCCAAAUUUUCUGGGUUAAAUUAUUGGAAACGUAAUUGAAAUGGUUAGAAGAUUAGGCAAUAUUGCUUGUGCACCAUAUUCAUUUGAUGAUUAAACCUAUUAAACUAGAGUGUCUAUUUCUCCUGUCUGAUUUAACUUGAAUAAUAUCAGAGUUUAUGAAUAAGAAACACUUUGAUUUUAAAACUUCAAUAAUCCCACUAGUUGUGGGCAUGUGUUCUGAAGUCUACAUGCUUCACUUAAUUCAUUUGAGUGUGAAAAAUGUAAAUAUCAGAGUUCAAAUUUUGACAGUUCAUACAAUAUUUCAUAUAUUGAGCACAGUUUUUACAAACAGUAACAGAUAUAGCACCACAGACACCUUGUAUAUUGUUACUCUCAGUGCUUGUGUACAUGUCAGAUGAUUAUUUAUAACUCUCGUAAAUAAACUUUCCCUAAAUUAAAAUCAUGCUUCCUCUUUUUCAAUAAAAAAUUUAUAUUAUAUAUCCAAAGACAUUGUUACUUUGUAGAUUUUUUUAUUAGUGAUUUUCUUAUUACAUUUCAGUAAAUUUCAUGGUUGUUGCACUGUUUUGAUUAAAAAUGAUUUUAUUAAUAGUAGGAUAUCACAAAAAAUAUAUUUUAUAUAUAAAACAAUAUGGAAUGCUGUAUGUUAUUCUACUGAAGUAUACCAGUAAUCUUGUAGCUCACAGAUAUUUCUGUGAAAUGGCAAGUCCAGGUUGUAUAUAAAUACUGCUAUCAUAUACAUCCAUAUUUUAAGAUGUUACAGUGUAAUGAUGUGUAUGUUUAAAUUCUAUAAAAAUAGUUUUCUUUAUUAUGAAGCAAGUAGCUUUUAUAUCGAUUUUCUAGUAGUUAGAAUUAUAUAAUUAAUAAGAGCAGUACUCUCAAGAGUCUCAAGUAUUAUAAAAUUAUUUUCUUCCAAGAAAGCAAACAAUAUAUUGGAAUAGUUGAGCUUUUGCUGUGUUGUAGUAGACUCUAAUUUAGACUCUAAUGUAGCCGUGGCUAUGUGUACAGAUCCGGAAUAAUAAGAGCACCAUCGGAAAUAUACAAGCCUAAAAUUGCCAAUUACUUAAUCCUUAUAAUGUGCUAGUCCUGUAUGUGAAUAUUAAUAAUCCACUAAGUAAUAGAUACAUAUGUACAUUUACAAUCAAGAUUUGUGUUCUUAAUUCAGCCAAUCCAUGUAAAAUAUCUAAACGAACAUUUCAACCAAUAAACUUCAAAAUCUGUAAGCUUAUAGAAUUGUUCAUACUUGUCCUUCAUAGGAUUAAAAUUGUAAAUAAUGUACAAAUAAAUGUUAAAUAGUCUGAUCAAAAACCAUUUCAUGUAAAUAUAAUUUUUAAAUCUUCUUGAUAAUCGUUUUUUUAGAUCCAUUAUACAUAUGCUUUAACUCAACAUGUAUUUAAUUUAGAAUAUGUUUAAAUUCAAACUUUGGGUUGACCCUCAAGUUCAAUAGAAAUUGAAGUUCAAAUUAUCAAUUAACUAUGCCAUCUUAAUGGAAAAUUAGAAUAUUUCUGUAAUAAAAUCUUGUAAAUCUUUCAUGGAGGGCCUACAUGAUUGACAUUAUAUUGGAUAUGCUUGAAGUUUAUGCUUGUACUAUUAUUUUGUUUUGCACAUGUAUGAAGUUUGCCAUGUCAAAGUUAUUGUUUAUUAGUUGUAUGUAAAUGUAGGCCUACAUUAUUAUUAUUUCUUUUUAUGUAAAGUGCAUGGACACAAGAUAUUCAGAUGCACUAUCAGUAAUACAUUUGUUACUCUCUAUAUUCUGAACAGGGUUUAGAAGAAACAAAUGAAUGGAAAAUAGUAGUUAUUCUCCUAGCUUUUUCAUGUUUAUAAUCUACUAGAUUGUUACUGAUACAUGUUUAACGGUCUUAAAGAACUUGUAUCCAAGGGCCUAGAUCUAUAUUCCUGGUAAUUUAAAUCUUUCUGUGUGUAAAUUUUAUGCAGCAUUAUCACUAUAUAAUCAGCUUGGGGCUUUUCAAAAAAUUAAGUUGUGGAUAAGUUAUUGCUUAAUAAUAAUUUCAGUCUUUUAUGUAAAUAUUCUGUCAUCAGGAACUUGUGUGAUUAGUUAAAAUCAAUUUUAUGUAUAUUUUUUCUCUUCCAAAAUAAACCAGUCACCUUUUCUCCAUAUAAAAAUUGACACAGUGCAAUGACCUUUAGUGGCAGCGUGAUUCAAAGGUCAAUGUAAAAAAAAAAUAGUGAAGGUUGAAUUUUUGUUUUUGUGAUAUCAAUGUGUACAAUUAAUAUUUGUUAUUGCGGAAGCUAGUGAGUUUUUGUAUUUAGUAAUUGUAAAAUUACAGGGGUUUGUAUCCAUUAUUAGACAAUUAUUUCAGGGAUGGUUAAACUUGAUUUAGUUUCAAGGCUUAUCAUGACAAAACUGUAAGUACCUUAAGCCAGACUUUACUCCAAAAUAUUAUGCAUUAACGACUUUGAUUAAUGUCUUCACUAUAUCUGUUUGGAGAUUUUAUUCCGAAGCAUGAUAUUUUGAGUCCCCACCAAUGUAAAAACAAAAUGGCUUUGGUCUAAAAUAUUUUCUCUUACAAAUAAUUCACAAAUGUUUCAAACCCCUGUCCCUGUGUGUGAAAUAUCUAUACUGUGUGACUGUAAAUACGUACAGUGUAACAUUAUUUAUCUUAUUAUAUAAACAUUUUAAUACGAUGUAAGUAUAAAAGUAUACAUUAUUAUAAUAUAGCAAGUAUUAAACAUGGUUAUAAAUUAUAA